CUCUUUUUCAUCCUAAACAACAUCGAAUCUGCCGAUUAAUGGAAAAGGGUAUUUCGCUCCCCUGUUCAUUCAUUGCAAGAAAGGGAAAAAAAAUCUAGUUUUUAGAUCCCGAGAAAAAGCAAGGGAAACAGAGAGAGAAAAGAAAGGAAAGGAAAGAAAGAAAAGAAAAGAAAGAAGUGGAGAAAAUGCAAUUGGGUCGUCCUGCGGGAUUUGGUAACGAUGGUGCCUUUAAUGGGAGAGAAGAAAUAUCUGUAAAACUAAAAUGGUUUGGGGUGGGGGAGACGAUGAAGGUUAGUGGCUGCACGUGAUAAGGUGAGCGUCGUGGAUCUGGGCCAUGAAUUCGGGUGGGCCAGGUCUUGGGGCUUCCCCGAAUCCGAAAAGAGAGAGCGAAUCCGGACAUCAGGUGGGGGGGCGGGGGCAAGCGGGUGGGUCCCGAAUUGAAUUCGACGUGUUGAUUUGACAUCACACGAGGGGGCACAGGGCACGGGGCCCUGCGCAGGUGCUGUGCCUGAGCGACCUGCAUAACUUUGGUCGGAUCAGAGACACCUCAGGAUUCUCGAAUUGAACUUCCAUUUUUCUCCUAGUAAUUAUCCAGCAAGGAAGCAGCAAAAUUAGAAUUUUUUCGAGCAGAGUCCGGCAGUGAAGCAUUAGAUCCGUUGCGGUCAGGUGGGCUGUAGGGCCUGAGUUACGUGGCCAAGACACGAUCUUGGGGUCGAUUCUCAAUGACGACUGUUCCAGCAUGCGCGCACGUUUCACAUGAGCGUCGUUCAUGACGACUUCCUGAAAACCCACGACUUCUUGGGGAAGACAAGCGCCAAGGAAGAGGCUGCGAGCGAAAUUUUGUCGUCCCUCAAGAGACCACCGCCUCCGGCUCCACCGCCGCCGCCCCCGUCGCAGCAACAUUCGGUGGAACACGUGCUUCCUGGAGGGAUUGGGACUUACAGCAUCAGCCACAUCUCGUACUUCAAUAAUCAAAACCUGCCGAAACCUGAGGCGACCAUUUUCACGGUGGCUCAGGCAAGUAGCACUGACCGGACCGAUGAGAACUCCAACUGCAGUUCUUAUACCAACAGCGGGUUCACGCUUUGGGAUGAAUCUGCGGCCAAGAAGGGAAAGACGGGGAAGGAGAAUACGCCUUCUGCCUCUGUACGAGAGGCGGAGGUGAAAUUGGGGCCGUGGCCGGCAUCAGAACGGCCGUCGCACUCAUCUUCCAAUAACAAUCACCAGAAUUCGUUCAGUCCACUCACUUCCUCUCAGCCAUCAGGGGCCAAAAAUAAAAGCUUUAUGGACAUGAUAAGAUCAGCAAAGAGUGUGAGCAAUCAGGAAGAAGAAUUGGACGAUGAUGAUGGAGAGUUUGUGCUCAAGAAAGAGACUUCCCCUAUUCCUAAAGGAGAGUUGUGGGUGAAAGUUGACGGAAAGAGUGGCGAUCAGAAGGCCAACACACCUCGGUCCAAACAUUCUGCGACUGAGCAGCGGAGGCGGAGCAAAAUAAAUGACAGGUUUCAGAUGUUGAGGUCUCUCAUCCCAAACAGCGACCAAAAGAGAGAUAAGGCAUCAUUUUUAUUGGAGGUGAUCGAGUACAUACAGUAUCUACAGGAAAAGGUUACUAAUUAUGAAGGCUCAUUUCAAGGAUGGAGCCAAGAACCAGCAAAAAUGAUGCCGCUGAGAAAUGGUCAGAGGCCGAUGGAUAAUUAUGUCGAUCAAUCUCAAAACAUCAAUAGCGGGUCCGCUCCUGCUUUGGUCUUUGCGGCAAAAGUUGAUGAGAACCGUAUUGCCAUGGCCCCAGCCAUUUUUGGGAGUGCGAAAAACCCUCUUGAACCUGAGAUGGGAUCUGCUACUGCUUUCAAAUCUGUAGAGCAUCACCCUGGAAUGACAAAUAGAGCAGUUCCGUUUCCAAUGUCUCUGCAGCAGAACACCUCGAACUGUGUCGGGUGUAGUGGUGCAGUGGCAAGAGGGGGUCCUAAUUUGGAAAACCAGGCAUCCCAACCACUAACACAGAUUAGUAGAAUCAAAUCAUUGACUAACGAGUGCUCUGCUUCAACCGAUAAACUGAAAGAAGAGGAGCUGACCAUUCAAGGCGGUACAAUAAGUAUCUCCAAUGUAUACUCUCAAGGGUUGUUGAAUACAUUAACUCAAGCAUUGCAAAAUUCUGGGGUAGAUUUGUCCCAGGCCAGCAUCUCGGUGCAAAUUGAGCUAGGGAAGCAAGCCAAUGGUAGAAAAGCCACCUCUUCAUCUCUUCCUAAGGAUACUGAUGCUAGAAAUCAAGGAGUCACGUGGCCUCGAGCUGCAGGCGAGAAUGCAGAUCCAGCCCUGAAGAAGCUAAAGACGGGGAAAAGCUAGGUAGCGUAACGAUCAUCCUGAUAUUCUUUUUGUAAAAUGAUUUAUUCAAAUUUUUUUGGCUUUAAACCUUCUUACAUAUAGGGUUCAUCCAAUCUUCUCCUGGCUAAUAAGCUAUCCAGUUGAGACCAUUGUACAUUGUCUUUAGUUUGUUUGAAUGCACAUAACUUUCAUGCAUGUAUUACUUGUGAUAUUUCUCUUUCUCAUUUUUUUUCCGGGGGUCGAACUUACUUGUAAUAUUUAAUCAUAAAUGAAUUCUCACUGAUUCGGAGACU